CUCUUCUCUAUAUAUUUUUAACUCUGGAAUUAGCUGCGGCACCAAAGCGUUCCAAGGGGCACAAAAAAAAAUCCCCAAAUUCCCCAUCACUUCUCUUCUCUAUCUUUCUCCCCUCCUCCUCCCCUCUUUCUAUUCCAAACCCCCUCCUCCCUUCCCCUGUUUCCCCACCCACCCUUCUCCUCUUUCCUUUCUCCGAACCAUCAAAGAAGGCCCGGGGUUUUCCUUGUUCUAUUCUAUAAGGGAAGCCAAGGGGAGACCGGGGAGUUAUUUCUAGAUCAUCUGCAGGGAGAGGGACAAACGGAUCUUCUUGCUCUUCGAUCUUUCGGAUUUCUCAAUCGUUAUGCGGUUCUGUGGUUGCUCUUGUUCAACCCAUCGAGCUGAAUUACUGCAUAUGACUAACUGUUUGUAUUGAAGUACACUUUGAUACUUAUUUUAAAGUCCUCAAGAGGUGAACAAACUGACCCUGAUGCAAGGGCAAAGGAGUACUGUAGGGUCCUUCUCUGAGACAUUUGAAUUUGACCAAGGGUCCAAUUCAAGCAGCUUAGGCAGAGAUCAACAAAUAUACUGGAAUGAUUUGCUUCUUAAUCCAGUAGAGUCCCAGAACUUACCAGGAAAUCUACUAUCAUCUGGUGAUGUAAAUUCAUCAUAUGGAAAUAUGUCCAGUCAAGCAAGUGCUGGCUUAGGUACUUGGAGUAGAGGCGAACCUAGCUCUAACGAGCACAUACUAAACCAGGGCAGCCAUGAUGAAACAAAAAUCGAACAGGGAUGGGCAUCUUCUCGGACAGUUAAUCGGGGAGGUGGACCAAGGAUAGAAGGAAGUUGGUCUGAAGGAACCAAUUUGCUUUCUUUGGAGAAUGUGAAUAUGAAUCUUAACAGCCAUCAGGUGGAAAAUGGUCAGUCGUUUUCACAAAUUUCCAGUGCUAAUGGAUUUUCUCAGAAUGCAGACUACAAUGCAGCAUAUGUUGGUAUAAGCAGCCAGAACCUAGAACCUGGGCUAUAUCCUCAUCCUUACAGUUCAGGCUUCUUGCAGCACCAACAUGUCUUUCCAUCUGGUGGUUCUUCAGAUAAUUUUGGAAGUUCUUCCAGGGGGGUUGAAUUUUUGUCAGAUGAUAGUGGAGGUAGACAAGGAGGUACAUUGGAUGGUCGACACUUGUCAUGCAAGAGAAAGAACAUAGAAGGAGUUUCUGGGCAGUCUUCAACAAGUGGAAGUUCAAGUUGCUUUAACCAAAGUGAGAAUAGUUUGUUGGGCUCUGUUUCUGCUCAUCAUAGUGACAUUACUAGUUUAAAUAUAUCUAUCUCAUCCGGUCAUCUAACAGGCACAAUUCCUCCUGAAGAACAACUGAACCCAAGGACGGACAUCGCUGCAAGAGCAGUGGCUUAUGAUCACCAUCCUUUUAAUAGCUCAGAAGGAAACACAGGAAGCUUUCAGAGAAAUACUCGAAUGAGAAUAAACUCUGCGCAUCAGAUUGAUUUGUCUCCACCUGAUCUAUGGCCCCAAGGGAAUACUACGAGGCAUUCUAAUCCUUGGUCCGUCCAUCAACCUUCUUCUUCGCCUAACCCUUUAAAUCAGCGGGUGGAAUCUAGGCUAGUAGUUGCAGGUGCAAGUUCACAUGGCCAGCCUCACACACCAAUCUUUCCUGAUUUGUCUUCAAAUGGGCACUCUUUUCCAUGGAAUGGGACUGCCAUUCCAAGAAUUGGUAGUUCUUCAAGUUCUCAAGUCAUUGCAGGUGAACGAUCAGCUGUUGAAGAGUCCAGCACAAGGAGUGUGCCAAGGAACAAUGUUUCAGAGCACUCAGUGAUUGUUCCCCCAUCUAAUGCCAGACAUUUGGUGCAAGAUCCAUCAAGUUGGAUUUUGACAAAUGGAAGCACAACCAUACCAGGAAAUGCAGUGCCCACAUCACGAACUGGCUCUGCUGCAGGGAGUCAUCAAUCAUCAGGACCAAAUUGGAUGUCUCAUCAAAAUUCGCGAAGCAAUCGUCACCGGAUUUUAUCAGAAAUUGUCCGUAGAUCCCUAUUUCCUUCAGGCAGCACUGAAUCUAGAGAUCAGAGAAGCAAUCUGCAUCCACGCCAUGGCCACUCUUCUUCCUCACAAGAGAUUGGAGGCCGCCAAUCUGGAGCUGGUUUCCGUGGCCAUCAACAACCAUACACGAGGUCAGCAGUUAUAAUGGACCGCCGGAGUGACGGUAUUCCAGGCAUUCCCCUGCGGACUCUGGCAGCUGCAAGAGAGAGAAGAAGCAGGAUGAUAUCAGAGAUUCGUAAUGCACUAGAUCUCAUCCGACAUGGAGAAAAUUUACGAUUUGAGGAUCUUUUUGUCUUUGACCACUCUGCAUUCUUUGGUGGUGGUGAUUUGCAUGACAGGCAUAGGGACAUGCGGCUUGAUGUAGAUAAUAUGUCUUAUGAGGAAUUGUUGGCAUUGGAAGAACGGAUAGGAAAUGUAAGCACGGGACUUAGUGAGGAAAUGAUUUUAAAGUGCUUGAAGCAGCAAAAAUGUACAUUCGUAACAUCAGAUUCAUCUGUGGAAGCCGAACCAUGCUGCAUUUGCCAGGAAGAAUACAUCGAAGGAGAGGAUCUGGGGACUUUGGAUUGUGGGCAUGACUUCCACACUGCCUGCAUCAAACAAUGGCUGCUGAUGAAGAACUUGUGUCCCAUUUGUAAAACAACUGCUCUAGCAACCUGAAACAGAAGGGUGGCAUGCAACCCCCCCAUUUCAAAUCAGAGAAUAUGGUGAGCUUCGAGCAAAAUGAGUGAUUUUAUUUAAUCUGUUUCACUAAAAUCGAUACGACGAUGGAUAUUAUGUUCUCCAUGUUUUUUGCCAAGUUUUGCCCUUGGCAAUUUUUACCAUAACUUGAAAUUGGUAAUUCCUUAAAGUUAAACAUUUCAUAUGCCCCA